AUGGGUUGUUUAUAACCAAAAAAACUUAAUAGGAUAGUGGCUAUGUAAACGACUAAUAAGGAUCUCGUAUUCACUUCAACUGCGGAUAUUCAUAAACUUUAUUCGUUUGGUAAAGUAUUAGGGAUUGGUGCUUUUGGUAAGGUAUUGGUUGCCAAAAUGAGAAACAACAAUUCUAAACAAUAUGCAAUUAAAAUGAUCGAUAAGAGGAAAGUAAGAGGGAGAGAAGCAAUGCUGGCAAACGAGAUCUACGUACUUUAGAAGUUAGAUCAUCCCAAUAUAAUUAAAUUUUAUGAGGUAUAUCAAAAUGAACUCUACUUUUACAUCAUAAUGGAUUAUUGUGAAGGAGGAGAAUUGGUGGAGCGGAUAUAAAAAAGUCAAAAAAAUCUUAGCGAAGGUCAAGUGCAGAACAUAAUAUUUAAAAUCUGCUCAGCGAUUAUGUAUAUCCAUGAAUAGGGCAUUAUACAUAGGGAUAUUAAGCCUGAAAAUAUUUUAUUUUCGACGAAAGAUCCAAAUGCUGAGCCAAAAUUAAUCGAUUUUGGAUUGGCUAUAAAAUUUGAUUCAACCAAUCUUAAAUAAUUGAAAGCAGCUGUAGGUACCCCUUUGUAUUUGGCACCCGAAGUAAUUGAAGGAAAAUAUAAUGAAAAGUGCGAUGUUUGGAGUCUUGGCAUUUUACUCUUUCAUCUAUUAUGCGGUUAUCCACCAUUUUAUGGCAAGAAUAGAGCCGAUCUUUAUGAAAAUAUCUAGUAUCAAAAUUUGAUCUUCGAUAGGAGACACUGGAAUAAUGUUAGUGAUGAAGCUAAGGAUUUGAUUAAAAAGAUGUUGAAUAAAAAUCCGAAUAUUCGACCAAGUGCAAAGGAUUGUCUACGUCACCCUUGGUUUCGAAGAAAAUUUUAACAUCCAGUUAAAUUGUAAAGAGGUAGGACUACUAUAAUUUCAAUGAAAUCACCUUAAUUUGAGGAUCAGAGAUCAAUAUAUUAAAUGUUGAAAACAUACAGAAUAGGUGCUAAAUUUAAGAAGGAGGUAAUGAAGGUGUUAGUAAAUUAAAUGAAUGAAAAAGAAUUGGGGAGGUUAAAAUAAGUAUUUUAGAAAAUAGAUGUUGAUAAUUCAGGAACUAUCACUGUUUAGGAAUUGAAGGAAGCAUUAAUGGAGGAAGGGUCACAUAUAAGUCAUGAAGAGAUAGAAUAAUUGAUCUAAAUAGUAGGAUUUGAAGUUUUGGAAGAGGACAAAGACGAUAAUGAUUGUGCAUCUACAACUAAAUCAAGCAAACAACUUGUAAUCAAAUAUAGUGAUUUUCUGGCUGCAUGCAUUGAUGAAAGAAGAGUUCUAACCAGAGAAAAAUUGUGGUCUGUGUUCAAAUACUUUGAUACUCAAGAUGCCAAUUUUAUUAUGAAAGAAGAUAUCAAAGAAGCAUUAGCCAGACAUGGAAGAUAAUUAUCAGAUGAGAAAAUAGAAGAAAUGAUAUAUGAAAUCGAUCCAAAUCAUGAUAAUAAAAUUAGUUUUGAAGAGUUCUGUUAAAUGAUGGGUGUGGCUGGAGUUGAAUAAACUAUGGAUUUUAAGGAUGAAAUAAAAGAGCAAUUAAUUUUUCAACAAUCUCAAGAAUGA